CAAAGGUUAUGCCAACAAAGAGAGAGGGAGAGAGUCUAGAGAGAGAGAGAGAGAAAGAAAGGGUCAUGCAUCUUUUCUGAUAUAACAAGAACAUUGAACCCUCCUGCUUUUCUAAACCUACCCCAUCUCGUUUCGUAUUAAAAAGUCCCAUGAAAUAUGUGAAGGCAGAAGAUUAAGCUUGUCUGAGAAAAACAUGGCAGUUCAGGCACAAAGUUUGUAUUUUUCUGAAGAUUGGUCGUCGGCGGCGGCGCUGCUCCACCCUGUUUCCGGCCUCGACGACAUAUUUUCCGGCAUUCCGAGCCCUCCUCCUCCUCAAAAUCACUUUCACCUCCGUCUUCCGGCGGCACAGAAUCAGAGUCAGAAUUUAAACACGACGGGCUUUGAUUUCUGCAACCCAUUAGGAGCUUCGGUUUCGCCUUCCACUUUCAGUAGCUUUCUCCCAACGCAGUUCUCGGAAAACUUAGGGGCUCUGCUGGACUUGCAAAGGCACGAGCUCGACUGCAUUAUUCAAUUCCAGAGUGAAAAGCUGAAGUUCGAAUUGCAAGAGCAGAGGAAGCAGCAACUAGCAGCUUUGUUGAGCAACUUAGAAUCCACAACGUUAAAUUUAAUUAGGCAGAAAGAAGAAGAGUUAGGACAGGCGACAAAGAAAGCGAUGGAGCUCCAGGACUGCCUGAGAAAAGCGGAGAUGGAAAGCGAUACGUGGCAGCGGAUGGCGAAGGCGAACGAAUCAAUGGUGAUGGACCUGAACAACGCGCUCGAGCAGGUCAGAGAACGACUGGUUCUCGUCAGCAGCGAAACCGACGACGCAGAGUCCUGCUGUGAAAACAGAGUAGCAAUUACGGAGGAAGAUCAAUUGGCGGAAGAGAAAAGGAGAAAGUUGGUAUGCAAAAGCUGCCGCGCGCGGAGCUCGUGCGUGCUUUUUCUGCCGUGCAGGCAUCUCUGUUCGUGCAAGUUCUGUGAAGGGUUUCUUGGAUUUUGCCCCGUUUGUGGUUCCGCCAAGGAGGCAAGCAUGGAGGUCUUUUUUGUCUAGUAGCAAGCAACAGUGCCAAGCAAAAAAGUGCUUCAAAAAAAAUCAUGGAUUUUUAGUAUAUAUUGGAUUUUAAAGUGCGAUUUUAGAUUUCAUCCGUCGAAUUUCAUGGUUUUUUUUUUAGCGGCCUUAAUUUAUGCAAUGAAUUUCCAUAUAUUUGUGGCUUGUGUUGUGUAUAUAUUUUGCGUUUUGAGUGGCAUGGACGGAGCUAAUGAAGGCUCACUUGGUUAGA